CUUAGUGCGAAGCGCACCGGCCGAUCGUCGCGCGUCGUCGCUCUCUCUGUCUCCAUCUCUCUCUUUUCGUCGGUCGUCUUUAUCAAUCGCCGGCGGAUCCAAGAAACGCUCGGCAGAAAUAGAAUACGCGCCUCCUCGACGUCCUCGCGUUCUCGCCGACAUUCGCACGGUACGCACUUGUGGCCGUGCGCGCUUGUGCUUGUCGUCUCCAGAAACACCACUUCUCGCCGCGGCCGCAGGUACAAUGCGUUAUAAUAAUUCGCGAGUGCCCGUCGUGGACGCGAGCCGCGCGCGCUCUUUUACGUGCUUCCGCGGCGCGACCGAUCGCCGUAGAUCGAGCGUGAUCUGGAACCUCGUCGUCGAACCGACGCUGACAGCCGUGUCAUCAUCGAUCGCGCGAGCCUCCCCGAGAAACGUAAUGUAAAACGGCAGCCCUUCACCCGCCGAAGAUUCUACGUCAACGUGAUGACCACCGACCGGCCAUUAUCGCUGGCUGUCGAACGGAAUGCGCUAGCCUAGACGUGGCCCGGGAGAGCUUGCAACGUGAGCGACCAGGGUCAUGGUCUUGAGCGAAACCCUCACGGACUCCAGCUUCUUGGCUACCACACCGUUCAAGAUCAGAUUUAAAGCGCCUCUCACGGGCCUCAGCCGACCUUCGACGAUGGUGGGUGGCCGCAGGGUGAAGCUCGCGGCGAGCAAUGAAACCACCACCACGUCCAUGGUCACCAGCGGCGUUACCAGUAGGAGCGACAACAACGUCGUUGUCUCCACUGUACAGCCGACCACUCAGCAAAAAGUCCGACGGAUCCUCGAGGAGCAGGCCAGGUGGCAAGAAAACGGCCCACGCAGACGCGUAAAGUGCACGUCGGGUACCGCUGCCUGCUGCGUGGUUAACAACUACAGCAUCGUCGCAUCUAGGGGCGAACUCGCUCGAAAUAACCGCGCCGCAAGUGAAACGACGGGCAACGUCACCACGAAGAAACGGACUUCGGCGGCGAUCGUCAACGGGAGGAUUCACUCCAAGGAGGAGGCCGCUCGCUGCGGCACUUUCGCCGAGGAGACCAAGAAGACGAAGGACGCGUUCAAGGAGACGACGUCGACCACGAGGCCGGGCAUCUCGCGAGGCAUUCAGCGCGGAAUAAUCAAGUCCGCCUCUGUACCGAAGGACUUGAAGGAAGGUCUUCCAGCGAGGGAGAGAACGUUGCAGCGAGUGCCGGAGGACGGCAUCCUGAAGAGGUCUUCCGCCUUCUUGGCGAGCCUAGCGCACCCCUCCAGCAAGCAGCUCGGCUCGGACGACGACGCGACCAAGUUCCUCAGGCCGUCCAACAACGGCUACCGGCUCGCUCGUGCCUCGUCCUCGAGGUACACCGGCCUCAAAGGGUACCUCUCGAUCUUGUCGAGCGGCGACAGCAACGCGGAACUGCGCGCGUUGCAACGCUCGCCCAGCGUGCAGACGCUGUCGAGCAGCUGGAAGAAGAAGGGCGCCGUAGGCGUGAAGAAAUCGGUCUCCUUCAGCUCCGACACCAGCUUCGAGGAGAAACGCGCGCCGUACCGGAAGCAGUCUGCCGUUCACGAGGCCAAGAUCUAUCGCAAGGGUGUACUUCAGGACCGCGCGCGCGAGGGGACGACUAAAACGAAAGUGCCGCCCUCGUGGGAGACACCCUCCGGGGGCCCUACGGCCCUUCUGAGGGCCGCCAGGGAGGCGGACGACACGGGUCUCAAGGAAAUCGUAGCGCAGGCCCGGAAAGUAGGACUGAAGGGCAUGGACGUCAACGUGGUCGACAGCAGCGGCAGGACGGCCAUAAGCUACAUGGCUGGAAACGGCGCGUCGACGAUGUUGGAGCUGGCACUCUCUUUCGAAGGUGUGGACCCGAAUCUGCCCGACAACGAGGGUAACACGCCGCUUCAUUUCGCCGCUCAGGCCGGGCAGACCGAGUGCCUCAACAUCCUCCUGCAGAGGUGUCCGGACAUCGAGGUGGACGCCAGGAACACCUUGGGCUUCACGCCCCUCAUGAAGGCCGCCCUUCAAGGGAGAACCAAGUGCGCGAAGAUCCUCUUGUUCGCCGGUGCGAAUCCUACGUUACGCGAUCACGGUAGAGGCUUGCGGGCCGAGCAGUGGGCGAGGUUUUGCGGCAGAUACGUGUGCGCCGAGGUGAUCGAGAGAUUCGCGAGGCAUCGUCUGUUGGAGCGAACGACGUCCUGCCGGUGGGGCAGCGAGCCCGAGUUGGCCGCGAAAGUGUUGCAGGGCAAGGUGACACCGCUGCCCACGAAUCCAUUGCCGCCGCCGUCGACGGGGCUGAAGUCGAAGAUACGGAAGGUCUUCCGUACCACUUCCGGUCCCGAUCGAACCUUCUCCCUGGUGUCACAGCUCACCAGCGCGGCUCUGUGCGCGAGCAGCCCGGCCUUGCCGAAACCCGGUGACGUGCCACCCGUGGUGAAGAGUCUCCUCCGACCGUUGAGUGUACCUCAAUUAAGGGUGACGUUGGUCUCGCCGCAGGACUUUCUGGAGAAAACCUCGGAGAAGUACGGGAUGACGUUCACGGACAAGAUCGAGAGCGCGAUGGUGAAGCCGCCGCGUUCAAAGAAGAAGAGCAAGUAGUCGAACGCGCGCGAAGCUCCCGCGGCAGCCGUCGUGGGCAGCCGCGUUUGUAGUCCGCCUUCGCUUCGCGUCGAGCAACCUCGCGAAGGGAGAGAUUGCGCAAGUCGCUGCUUGACGUAAGCAGCGGAGAAUAUUUGUGAUCUAUCCGAGAUACGUUUACGUGUUAUCCGAUAUUCCAUUGUUGCCUGCAAAACCGAUCUGGUGAUCCUUCUCCUCCUCCUCCUCGUCGCCCGAACGACCUCCGCCGCGCGGUUCUUCAAGACACAGCCUUCAAGCAAGCCUUUCCGCUCUCUCCCUCUCUUUUUCCGUUUUCACCUCGCCGAAAAAUAUUAGCGCUCCAUUUUCCUGCCCCCCCCCCCCUUUUCCCUCUCUCGGAGGACGCGCGUGCACGGAGAUCAAAGAGAAGACCUUCGGAAGAAACCGAUCGCCUCCGAUAAAUCAGCAUCUGCAACCGGCGGCUGGCCGAAGUGCCGAGUCACGCUUACGGUAGCCGCUACUCGAGAUUGUUUUCGAUGUAAACCUUCGGCGGCCGCCGAAGGCGUAAACAUUCGGGACGGUCGAGUCUUAUUUUUAGUUUAGACUCCUAAUGGAUCGCGAGAUGUGGCGGAACGGCACGGUGCGAGCGGAGUUUACGAGAGAGCGGCCGCGCGCCGUCGAGGGUCACCGCGUGAUCGGCGGUGAAGCCGGGAAAUCCGCUGAGAGAGGAUCACCUGAUCACACAUGUUCACGAUCCGCCGUCGCCUCUCACCGUCUUGCCGAAUGGAACGUCGAUUUAGCCGCGACACGCGUGCUGGGCAUCGGAGAACUCGCUUCCUCCGGACUUCACCGAAGGGUUCCGAAGAGUUUCAGAGGCGAGCGAACGAGCUUGCGAGCUUGCGCACCUCGCGAGUCUCCCUCUCUAACUUAUAUAACACGCGUUUUACGUACAAGAUUUUAUAUCGAUGCAGUUACUGUCAGAGAUGGUUGUUAAAAUAAAUGUCUUCUUGAUCAA